AUGAAUAAGGAAAGAGGUUGUUAGACCAAAGCAUUGUCUUCCUUCCCCUUCCAUUCUUCUUCUCUUCAUAAUAAUUCCUAAACAAAUCGUAAUAGUCCCACCAAAACCAGAAACGAGGACAAGCUCCCUUUAGCUUUCGGGUUUUCCGAAUUGCAGGGCUUAGUAUCUGAAUCGCCAUGGCUGUUGCAUCUGAUGAAGCUAACAGGAUAUGCAAUCACUGUGAAAGAGCUAUCCCGUCUUUAAAUAUUGAUUUGCAUUAUGCUCACUGUGUCCGCAAUCUGGAAAGAUGUAAAGUUUGUGGUGACAUGGUUCCGAAAAAACAUGCUGAGGAACAUUACUUUGACAACCAUGCUCCGGUAUCUUGUUCACUUUGUAGUGAGACAAUGGAACGUGAUAUAUUGGCAAUCCACAAAGGUGAAAAUUGUCCUCAAAGAAUUGUCACAUGCGAGUUCUGUGAGUUCCCAUUGCCUGCUGUUGAUCUAGCUGAGCAUCAGGAAGUAUGUGGCAAUCGGACAGAACUUUGUCUUCAUUGUAGAAGAUACGUUAGACUUCGAGAAAGAUAUAACCAUGAGAUUAGUUGCAAUAGUGUCUCGGAAAAUACCGUGGGACCUUCCAGGGAUGCCAGGGAAGCUGAAAGAGGGCAAGGUCCCCAAAGAAGAAGACAGCCUAAUGAGUUUUCACGGAGAGGGCUUGUGUUCACCAUUGCAUUAACAGGCAUUGCCGUUCUAUUGGGAUCUCUUUUUUUCCAGAAGAAGGCAGAGGGCAGCCAAGUAAAUUAGCAGCCGAGGAACUAGUUCAUGUAAAUCUUUUCGAAGCUUGUAAUUGUUUCUGUACCUUGACUUUCCAAAAAUCGUACUCUACUUUUGUAACCGUAUUAAACUUCCAUGAGUCAUCUUAAUGCAUCGACUGAUUAUGCUAAACUGA